AGAGCUGUAAACUCGUCACAGAAGAGCUCCUGCAUUCCACAAAUGCUAGCAUAGCCUAGCAUCUUUAUGGUAUUUUCCUUUAAAAACCUCCUGGGUGUGCAGAUUCAGAAACUGGAUGUGUGGAUGAUUGCAGCAAUCCACCAGUGACCUUUGGGAUUAUUUCCAACAGAGAAGCCUAGCUACCAGGGGACUGGGAGUGCCUGACUAAUGACUGUGGUGGUUGGUGAUUGCAGUGUCGGCAGAGGGUGACGGCUAAAGGGAAGGUAACUCAUUAACACCACAGAGCAACUGUCGUGACGCCACCUCUGCCUGCCUGGAUGACUGCAUGUCAUGUGAGCCUGCAGCAGAAAGACAGACCCCGAGACAGACAGGCUAGGAGGCUAGCCCGGCUGGAGCUGUGUGUGUCCGACCGCAACACAGUGUCACAUACUGAUACACACACACACACACACACACACACACACACACACACACACACACACACACACACACACACACACACACACACACACACACACACACACACACACACACACACACACACACACACACACACACACACACUGUCAUAUACACGACACACUGUCAAGUAAUACACUGUCACAUACACACACGACACAGGAGUACCGUGCAUCUACCAGACCAGGAGAGGAUAAUCGGAGCACUGACUGAACUGUGCCCCAGCUGCAUGUGUCCGAGCACAUGCAGGCAAUCUCAGCUGCUGCAGUGACCUGAGUCAUUGUGGUUGGACCCGGCCACCUAACCCAGCCUGGAGCCACCUAACCCAGCCUGGAGCCACCUAACCCAGCCUGGAGCCACCUAACCCAGCCUGGAGCCACCUAACCCAGCCUGGAGCCACAUAACCCAGCCUGGCAACAGCCAUGGACACUCUGGAGCAGGAAUACACGUCGCCGUUUGACUUUGAGCAGGGGGUGAAUAGCAGCUACCUCUAUCUGUCCCCCAGCGUCAUUGUAACACCACCAGGCUCACCGCACGUGACUGUCACAGCCAGAGGUGCUGUGAGACCAGACUCUAUCACAGAGGUAGGGGAGGAUGCAGUGAUGUCGGUGGCCGUGUCCCCUUCCGUCCCCACCCUGACAGAGGAGGAACAGGAGGAGCUGCGAGAUGAACUGCUCAGGGUGGAGGAUGAGGUCAUGACUCUUUCUCAGGUGCUGGCAGCUAAGGAGAAGCAGGUGGCAGACAUCAAGAGGAAGCUGGGCAUCACUCCUCUCAACGAGCUCAAACAGAACAUCAGCAAGAGCUGGCAGGAGGUCACCACCUCUACUGCCUACAAGAAGACGUCAGAGGGCCUGUCCGUGGCUGGUCAGAGGGCCACGGCAGCCUUCACCAGCGUGGGCUCGGCCAUCAGCAGGAAGUUUGAGGACGUCAGAUUGCAAUCUAUUUCCAAUUCCUUUGGCAUACGCUCCCUACAGCAUUCUGCUAGUAUGCCCGUGAUGAGGAACACAACCACCUUUAAGUCGUUUGAGGAGAAAGUCGAGACUUUAAAGGUAAAAGAUGAGAAGAGGAGUCAAGAUGAGCCCAACGGCAUCUCAGGGUGACUUUGGCGAUGUGUUGACCUCUACAGCGACCUCUGACCCUUCUGUUCCCGUAGAGAAACGGCCAGAGGCCACACCCAUCGCCACCCAGGAAGAACAGCCCCACUGAGACCAGCCUGACCUUUCACCCCUGACCCCUAGGCAGGCUGACAUUCACUAGAAGCAUACCCUCUUUCCCCUUCUGUCUCCCCUCUUUCUGUUCUCACCUCCUCCCUUCUUCAGUCCCUCUACAACCCUGUAGCACAAAACAACAGAACCAACAAUCAAAAAAGACAAAUAAGUUUCCCCAGGAAAAAAAAAAAAAUUAUGAAAAUAUUGUUGUGACACCGUAACACUUGUAGGUUUGUAGGACUGUAUGUUUCUAUUUUAAUGUCCAUGGUUGAGGAACCUGCACAAGUAGAAGAAUAUAAAUUACACUUCAUGAGAAACUGUAUGUCACAGCAAGUGAAGUUGUGAUGGCAAAACGAAUUGGUUCACACAGGCCCAUAUCUUUCCAUAACUUUGAGUACUAACAGGCAUUUGCUUUUUCUUUUCUUUUGAUGUACUCCAACCACUGUAAUCACUAGGAUGUCAUUUCUAUUCCAACACUGCAGAGGCUUUCUCUGUCAUGUAUUACUAUCACCAAUAGCACCAGUAAUGUGGUGUAGAGCACAGCUGAGUAGAGUUAAUACCAGAUCUGUGUAGCUCACACACUCCUCUCAUAGCUUAACCAUAUGGGGGUGGUCUAAAUCUGACCUCUGAGCAGUUCAUAGUGCUUAACUCUGAUAUCAGAGAAGGUGGGCCAAUGCAUCCAGAUCAGUGUGUAAUGAUAGUCGCAGAUGCAUGAUUGGUUAUAAUGGUGUCAGCUGGCCUUGACCAUCAGGUCAGUGCAAUUUACAUCACUCAAAGCCUCACAGCAUGGUGGGCCAAAGUCCGUAUUAGGGCACUUGUCUCACUGGCUUCUCUCUGCUUGGCAUGCUGAAACACAGCAGGAUAGUCACUGGAUGCUGUGUACUUCUCUCUGCUUGGUAUGCUGAAACACAGCAGGAUAGUCACUGGAUGCUGUGUACUUCUCUCUGCUUGGUAUGCUGAAACACAGCAGGAUAGUCACUGGAUGCUGUGUACUUCUCUCUGCUUGGUAUGCUGAAACACAGCAGGAUAGUCACUGGAUGCUGUGUACUUCUCUCUGCUUGGUAUGCUGAAACACAGCAGGAUAGUCACUGGAUGCUGUGUACUUCUCUCUGCUUGGUAUGCUGAAACACAGCAGGAUAGUCACUGGAUGCUGUGUACUUCUCUCUGCUUGGUAUGCUGAAACACAGCAGGAUAGUCACUGGAUGCCGUGUACUUCUCUCUGCUUGGUAUGCUGAAACACAGCAGGAUAGUCACUGGAUGCCGUGUACUUCUCUCUGCUUGGUAUGCUGAAACACAGCAGGAUAGUCACUGGAUGCCGUGUACUUCUCUCUGCUUGGUAUGCUGAAACACAGCAGGAUAGUCACUGGAUGCCGUGUACUUCUCUCUGCUUGGUAUGCUGAAACACAGCAGGAUAGUCACUGGAUGCCGUGUACUUCUCUCUGCUUGGUAUGCUGAAACACAGCAGGAUAGUCACUGGAUGCCGUGUACUUCUCUCUGCUUGGUAUGCUGAAACACAGCAGGAUAGUCACUGGAUGCCGUGUACUUCUCUCUGCUUGGUAUGCUGAAACACAGCAGGAUAGUCACUGGAUGCCGUGUACUUCUCUCUGCUUGGUAUGCUGAAACACAGCAGGAUAGUCACUGGAUGCCGUGUACUUCUCUCUGCUUGGUAUGCUGAAACACAGCAGGAUAGUCACUGGAUGCCGU